AUGAUGAAGGCUGUGGCGGUCCUGGGUGCACUGCUGGCUGUUGUGUGUCAGGAAACUGUGAUUGUGUUUCUUAUUAUUUGUACACUACAUUUCAAAUGCUAUGUCUCUACUCUCUUGCAGCCACUAGACUAUGAAUCCCAGGCAGAGUACCAGCUCUUUGUCAAAGCAGAGAAUGACGUCAGGCUUAAAGCCCCGUACGAACAAAUACACAGUGCUACAGUCACCGUCAGAGUGAUGAAUGAGAACGAGGCCCCAGUCUUCUAUAAAAACCCCAUUAAAGUGAAUGUUGCAGAGUCCACUGUUCCCGGGACUGUACUGGUCUCAGAUAUUGCUCACGAUCCAGAUAAUGCCAAGCUAAGCACAAUGAAGCCAUGUAGGAGAUGUUCUUGGAUCGACAUCCUUUUCUGCAGGAGGAUAGGUAGACCGAUAGGAGCAGCGUUGGCUACCCUUGCUUUAGAAAUGGAUUUCACAGAGUGUACUUUGAUUUCGAAGACCCCUUGCUUCUGGUUCUGUCUCUUUACAUGUCUGUUACCAGAGACCCAUGCGGUUCUCCAGCCACUGAUAGACAUAGAGAAAGGGGAAUUCUCUAUUCCUGUGGUCGUAUCAGACUCUGGCUCUCCUUCCCUUUCCUCUAAUGCUCUGGUCAACGUGACUGUGUGUCCCUGUGACCGUUUCGGUGACUGCAAGAGCUACACCGCAGUCAUCUUUGGAACCAAAACGGGAAUAAGCUUCAUUGCCCUUAUGAUUAUUAUGGGAUGCAUUGCUCUUCUGUUGUUUCUGAUUGUUCUUGCUGUGGCGGUGAAGGGCUGCACAAGGCAGAACAUUAGAAAAGGAGGAGGUCUGCUGGUCGGAGCGUCUGAUGAUGACAUCCGAGACAAUGUCUUUCACUAUGAUGAGCAGGGAGGAGGAGAAGAGGAUGAAGAUGCAUUUAAUAUUGAUUUUCUGAGGAACCCAAGUGACAUGGUCCCUGCCCCAGCCUCAUUUUCCCCACAAGACUGCAGCCUGCCCAGAGGAAAGCAACCUCUAAGGAAAGAUGCACCCCAUAACCUGCCUUCUCCUACAUAUCCACGCAAACCCCCCGGAGACCCAACAGACAUAGAAGAUUUCAUCAAUGUUGGGCUGGACGCUGCUGACAAUGACCCUAAUGUCCCACCAUACGAUACAGCUCUGAUCUAUGACUAUGAAGGCGAUGGGUCGGUAGCAGGCAGCCUUAGUUCUAUUGCUUCCAUGGGCUCAGACGGUGACCAGGACUAUGACUACCUCAAUGACUGGGGACCACGGUUUAAAAAACUGGCUAACAUGUAUGACCCACGUUAGGCACCAGACUGAUUUUUUUGUUCAAGAUGUUCAGAUACUCUCGUACAUGCAUGUCCUUCAAAACUCUAUGCAAAUCAAAUGUCCCAUCUUCAAUAUGAGAGAGUGCUCAUGAUGUAAGGACGAGGGGGCGGAUUACAUUAUUGAUAUUGUAGAUAAACGGAGGUCUCAAUCUAUUCCCCAGUGAUCAGUGUAAAGGUCAUCAGUGUCUUUUUCCUUUCCUUCAUGGAUCAGUGAACUAUUUCAACUGCAGGUGAAAUGCUGCUGAUAUUGAAGCUGGUGUGACAGGUGCUUACUGUGGGCCAGUGCGCAAAUGGCUCACAUUGUGAAAGCACCAACUGGAGGGAGGAACCAUGUGUUAGUGCAUACUGAUUAGACAUGGUGCAAAAAGAGAUGCCUUGUUCAUAAACCAAGGGUCAUGUUCUUGAGGGGUUAUUUUAGCUGAUGACCAAUACAGAGGUUUGCGGAGCAUGUGGGGUACACACAGGAAGAAUAAUUCACCCAAAAAAAGAAAUUAAUAUUCAUAAAUUGUCAUUUACUUAUAACCAUCAUUCUAAACCCAUGACAUUCUUUCAUCUAUCGAACACAGAAGGAUGUUUUAUAUGUUGGUAAACUUCAGAGCUGCUUUUUUCUA